GACCAAUUAAUCGUUUAUGGAUUAAAAAAAAUUAAAUAAACUUUCGAACUUGGAAAAUCAUUUUUCAUAUUUUCGGAAAUCACAAAAAUCAGUGUUGUAAAACGGCCACAAAAUUAUAAAUUUCGGUGUGCGAAAAUAGCAAAAAAAGCAAAAACAAGAUAAAAUAAAAAUCACUAAAAAGACUCUAAAUAAAAUCAAAUAAAGUCGCUGAUCUUUCAACAACAACUAAAUAUCGUUAACCAACACUUGCAAACAACAAACAACUAUAACAAAAACAACAACAAACAACUAAAUCCCAAAAAAACAACAACAAAAACGACGAAGACGACGGCCCCCGGACAAAAAUCAAUUGAAAAAUUGAAACUUAUGGAUUGCUGGACGGGUAACGCCCGACUGGCGAGUGUUUUAGUUUAAGCAGCGUAAGCUGUCACCGACAUGGGCAGUGAGCACUACUGCUUGAGGUGGAACAAUUACCAAUCCAACCUGUUAGGGGUGUUUAGUCAAUUACUACAAGACGGGAGCCUGGUGGACGUCACACUAGUUUGUUCAGAGGGCACAUCCAUCCGAGCCCAUAAGGUGGUCCUCUCGGCUUGUUCCUCGUACUUCCAGAGCCUGUUCCUGGAGCACCCCGAAAGACAUCCAAUUGUGAUAUUGAAGGACGUCCGAUUCGCCGAGCUGCAAACCCUAGUUGAAUUCAUGUACAAGGGCGAGGUGAACGUGCAAUACUGUCAGUUGUCCGCGCUGCUCAAGACAGCCGAAUCCCUCAAGGUCAAAGGCCUCGCCGAGAUGACUAACCAGAACACGACGCUGCGGGAGCCGGAGCGGGAGCCCGAUCGCCUGCGUCCGCAGGGCGGCGGUGGCGGCAGCGGCGGAGGCGUGGCAUCCGCCCACAAGGCGGCCGACAGCCCGGCAACGGCGCUGGACGCCACAGCAGCAACUCAGGCGGCGGCAGCGACGUCGGCGGCCACAGCAACUGCAACAGCAACGGCGGCAGCGGCAACCUCAACCUCAGCGACAUCUGCAGCGGGGGCAGGAACGGGAACGGGAACGGGAACAGGAACGGCAGCGGGGAGCAGUAGCAGUACCACCAGCACCACCACCAGCAGCAGCACAACCACAUCCUGUGCCACAGCCGCCACAUCCACAGCAGGAGCAGCAGCCCCAUCGGCGGCAGCAGCUGCCACAUCCGCCGAAGAGGCCACCUCCUCCUCCUCCUCGUCCACCCAGCCGGGCCAGAAGAGGGAGGCCAGCGACCAGAGCAGUCCCACGCCCGCCAAGCGCUCCUCGCGCCACCAGGACGCCUCGGAGGACGCCCUGGACACACACAGCGGCAAGGAGCACGUGCAGCCGGCCGACGAGCUGCUGCAGGAGGAGCUGCUGGCCGGAGGCCGGAACGAGGAGGACGAGGACGCGGUGGAGGAGGUGGACGAGCUGGACGAGAACGAGGACUUUGAGGAUGCGCUGCGAGAGCAGGAACGGGAUCCGGAGCAUGAGGACGACGAGGAUGAGGAGGACACGCCAAUGCCGUUAGAUCUCUACCACAGGCCAGCCGUCGAGGCGAAGGUUGCAGGUAAGAGAGUCGGAUCAGGACUAGGAUCUAGACUAGGCCAUACCUUCUACAAAUAUCCCUUCCCCUUUCCAGGUUCCAACCAGAGCGGCAGCACCACUAGCAACACCAAUGCCACCACCACCCGUAACAUCAACAACAACAACUCCAGCAGCAACAACAAUAACAAUAAUAGCAACAACAACAACAACAACAAUAAUACGAGCGGCCGAAAAGCUACCUCAGCCAACAAUAGCAACGGUGGUGCAGCAGUGGAGUCGAGCGGUGGCUCCGUGGUGGCCGUCGAUGACGACGAUGACGAGGAGGAGGAGGAGCAACCACAGCUGCACCACCACCACCACCAUCACUCGCACCACCACUUGCAACACCGGGCGAGGCGGGACAACGAUCGUCUGCAGGUGCAGGAGCAGGAGGAGGAGGACCUGGACGACGACGUGGUGGUGGUGGGCAAUGCCACAGCCACCGUGGUGGCCAGGGGCAUAGCCCAGCGGCUGGCCCACCACCACCAGCAGGGCCUGCGCCUCCAACACCCCGCCCACGUCCACCACCCCCACUCGCACUCGCACCCGCACCCCCACCCGCACCACCUGGUGGACGAGGACGAGGACGAGGGGUUGCCGGUGAUCGCCAAGACGGAGAUCCUCGACGAGGACUACGACGACGAGAUGGACCUGGACGACGACGACGAGGCGGACAACAGCAGCAACGACCUGGGCCUCAACAUGAAGAUGGGCGGCUCCGGGGGCGGUGGUGGCGGCGUGGACCUGUCCACCGGCUCCACCCUGAUCCCCUCGCCCCUGAUCACCCUGCCCUCGUCCUCGACGGCGGCAGCGGCAGCAGCAGCAGCAGCAGCGGCGGCGGCAGCUGCCGUGGAGUCGGCCAGAUCGACUCCCGCGGGCCAGGGCUCCGGUUCCGGAGCGGGCAACACGGCCGCCGACCUGAGCAUCGGCGGGAGGCCGGCGUCGCGGAGUUCCAGAGAUGGCGGCAAUGAUGGAAGAGGAGCCACCUCCUCCUCCAGCCUGCUGAGCCCCGGCACGGUGGCCAAUCUCCUGCCUGUGCAGUCGGUACCACUGAGCCUCAAGAAGGAGAUCGACUGCAGCGAGGACGACAGCAGCAGCCACAGUAGACACAUGCAACAGCGUUCGGCAUCGGCUGGCGGCGGCCUGGGCGGCGACCUUGACUACCGCGCCUCCCACGAGUCGGAAACGUCCGAAUCGCCCCACCAACAACAGCAGGGCAGUAGUAGCUCCGCGGUCGCGGCUGCCGCCGCCAUGCUGCACCACCAGCAACAACAACAACAACAACAGCAGCAGCAACAGCAACAGCAGCAACAACAGUCUGCCCAACAACAACAACAGCAAGCCCCCUCGUUGCACAGCAGCAGCCCCCCCACACCGCCGCCCAUGGCCGUCUAUCCGUGCAUGUACUGCGGCCUGGGCUUCCCCAACCAAUCGAAGCUCACCCGCCACCUGCUGACCCACUCGCUGAAGACGCUGGAGUACCGGGAGCCCACCACCACCGCCCUGCUCCACUCGCACCUCCUCAACGACCUGAACAUGGCCGCCGCCGGGCUGCCGCCCGCCUUCGCGGCCUUCCAGAUGAACGCGGCGGCCAUGGCGGCCAGUUCGGCGGCCGCCGGCAACCAGGUGGAUACCCAGGAGCAGGUGGCGGCCGUGGCGGCCGCAGCGGCUGCCUUUGGCAUCGACAUGGAGGCGGCCCUCUCCCUGGCCAGCAGCUGCUCCACCUUCCAGAGUCUGACGGCGAGCUGCUUGGAGAGCGCCGCGGGCAUCGGCGGCGGGGCAGGAGGAGGCGGGGUGCCGGGAGCAGGAGCUUCCGGGUCCGUGGGAGGCGGCGCUGCUGGAGGAGGGGUGGGCGUUGGCGGAGGCCGGAAUGCCUCUGGCAAUGGAGCUGCUGGUGGUGGUGCAGCGGGUGGUUCAGCGUCAGCGGGGGGCGGUGGCAGUGGCGGCGGCGUUGGUGGUGGUGGUGGUGGAGGUGGCAGCGGGGGAUCAUCCUCCCCCUCGACCUCGGCCGCUGCCGCGGCAGCCGCUGCCGCUGCUGCUGCCGCCCAGUCGGCGUCGCUGCUCGGCUCGGCCGCCGGCGCGUCCAGUGAUCCGAAUAGUGUUGUCAUGUGUAAGUUCUGUGCUAAAAGUUUUCCCGAUGUUACAUCACUGAUCACGCAUUUGUCGGUACAUACAGGUGAUCGACCAUUUAAAUGUGAGUUUUGUGGCAAAGCGUUUAAGCUGCGCCACCACAUGAAAGAUCAUUGUCGCGUGCACACCGGCGAACGGCCGUUCCGAUGUAAUAUGUGCGGGAAAACGUUUUCCCGCUCAACGAUACUCAAGGCGCACGAGAAAACGCAUUUUCCCAAGUAUGUGCGCAAGUUUUUGUCACCCAGCCCGGUCGAGACGAAGGACGAGAUGCCGCAAUAGUGAAACGAUUUUAGUUUGUUAUUAAAUUAUUAUUAUUACUACUAUUAUUAUUAUAAUAAUAACAACAAUAACAACAACAACAACAACAACAACAGUAGCAGCAAUGCCAAUUAUCUGCAAUACACCAACAACAACAACAACAGCAACAAUUAUAACAACAACUACAACAACAAUUAAAAGAAAAAAGCCAAGAAGAACUUUUGACUUUAAGAGAAGAAUUCAAAAAGAAAGAGAAUGGAGACCAAUUACACCAACACACACACACACACACUCUUACACCAACACAACAACACUACAACACGUAUAUGUAUAUACCGUUGAAUCCCUGUAUAUACAUAUGUAUAUAUUUUAUUAAUUAUGUAAAAGCGAGGCAUCAGAGACGCCGCAGAAACACAAGCUGGGCGCAAAAACCAGAAACUCUAGCAAAUAGGAAAGAGACAGAAACAGAAACACACACACACCAACACACACUCACACCCACACACAAUAGAAGAGCAGGCAGGCUAUAACCAUACACGAAGAGAAAAACAAAAAAAAAACACACACACAUCUAUAUUAAUAUAUAUACAUUAUAUAUACAAUAAUUAUAUAGCAGCAUAUUGUCGAAUUGUUGAAGUUUAUACCAAGAAGCGAACUUGUUUUUUUUUCUAGUAAUAGGACACCAAGAGAGGCGAUCGAAGAGAAGGACGCCCGAGUUAAGAGAGAGAGAUCCGGGCUCUUGACGUUUUUUUUUUUUUGAAAGUGAACGGGAAAAAGUGAAAGAGCGAAAAUGUCAGAGAGAGCAGGUCAUUAGUAGGCCGAGAGCGGCCCGAGAGUGGCAGGAAUCUAAUGAGAAAAAGGAUAUAUAUAUAUAAUAUACAUAUAUAUAUAUAUAUAUAUAUAUAUACAACUAUAUAUAUUUUUCAAAAGUAUAUAUAUAAGAGAUCGUAAGACAUAUAUAGGCAAGAAAGCGAGAUAGCGAUAGCGAGAGGAAAAAGCGCAAAAAAAUAAAUGAGAAAGAGAAAGAAAAGUUUAUAAAAAUAUUGAAAAAAAAAUGUAUAAAAAAUUGCUAACUAUACACAUGAUACAUGGACGGGAGAGUGGAGGAAAUUGAUCUAUUGAAUACGAUUUAGUAAUGCUAGCGAUAGCGAUUAACGAUAACGAUAACGAUAACGAUAACGGUAAACAUAUAUAACAUAAUGAAAGAACAGUGAACACGUGAUGUAACUUUUUAAGUAGCAGCCGAAAGCCGAAGGAUCCGAGGACGUAGAAUGUUGACGAUGAUAAUAAAAUAGAGAGUUGAAAAAAGAGUAAAGAGUAGCUUAAAAGAGAAAACCCUUGAACCCCUGCCCCCCCCUGCCCCCUAACACACACACACACACUCUCACACACAAACAGCAGAAGAAGCAGAGCCAAGUAAAAGCAAAGUAAACUGGUGAACAAAAAACAAAUAAAAAUUAAAAAAAAAUUAAAAAUAAAAAGAAAUAGCGGACAUGAACUCUAGGCACCUCUGUACUUUGUAGCAUACUUUUGUGCGUCGUUCGAUUUUCUUUCUCUUCAGCGAGAGUAGAAAACACAUACAUAUCCCCCCUUUUAAAUGAAAGCUAUUAGUGCGAGAGUUAGUAGACCUAGGACUAGACCACCCCCUUCUCCCCUUCUCCCCGACACCCCAACUCCCCAACACACUCACUCACUCACACACAGGACUUAGUAUAUACAGCAACAUAUACAUAUAUCUAUAUACAAUAUUUAUAUAUAUAAACCAGAAGAUGCAGAGAACCCUUUUGACAUAGAGAGUCUGUGAUCUAAACGAUAUUUAUAUGAUAUAUACUUACUAUAUACAUAAACCGAAACAGAAAGGGGGUAGCCUUGUAGAGACUCAACAGAGUGGCUCAACAUUUCCUUUUCAACUUUGGAUAAAAUAAUCUUAAAAUCUAAACUAAAAACGCACAUCCCCCCCCUCCCCUUAUUUUCUUGCCAAGUUUGCUUUGCUUUGAUGGUGGAAGAGUAGGACCCCCCCUCCCCCCCCUUUUUAGUGACUAGAAGCAGGAGGGAAUCAUGAGAACCCACUUUAUAGAUAAGUUUAGAUCUUUUGUUAGUUAUCCGACGAAUCAGCUACGAUUUAUCCUCCUUGGCUAUUUGGAAACCGGCUCGAUCGACCCUCGCUAGAUCUCCACGACCGCCCACGACCGCCUCCACCUCCACUGGGGCGAUUAGAGGAGGGGCAGCCGGAAGAAGCAACAACAAUGAAUGCAAAUCGAUCUCAAAAUUAUAACAAAACGAAACAACAAACAACAAAUCUAUAAAAAAAAAAACAAAACAAAAAAAAGUGAAGAACUUCUGGGGCUGCCCUCUCUGAGAAGUCAAGAUCAGUUUCCGCUUCAGCGCUUCCGCCGGGCAAGGAGCUUUUGUUUUCGAUUUUUGGCAACGGAUUGGGAACAGCAAGCUACAAAACUGAAACACAUAACUACUACUAAUAAUAAUCAUAAUGACAAGAAGCAACAACAAUUAACGCACACUGAAAGAAAAGAGGGGGCACGCUAGACAAAAUUCAAAAUUCUAAAUUUUAAACAAACAAAAAAAAAAAAGAAAACUUUUUGGCAAAAAAAAAAAAACAAAAAAUGGGGAGAAAAAAACGGAAACAAACACAAAACUUUUGGAUUAAACAAUUUGGCUGUGAUAGCAUUACAAUUACAAGAAUAGGGAGUAACUAAUGGAUAUUUAACCAAAAAACCAAAGGGGAGCUGAUUGCUUUGCAUUUUUGUAAGGCGGAUUGAGAGAAGAAAUGAAAAAUAAAAAAUAAAAUAAUAAUAAUGAUUAGCGCGUUGCCAUUUAUCACUUUUGUUGUUGGCUUACUUUUCUCAUAUGCAGUAUUAAAGGGAUUUUUAGAAGGGUAAUUACCAUAAAAGAAUAAAAACGAAUAAAGCGAGUAAAGCGAGUAAUGAGUAACGAGUAACGAGUUAGAGGCAAACGGCAUCAAUUCAAUAAUUGUGAUGUUUUUAGGAAAGCAAACACAAACACAACAAAUAUCUGCAUUGAAACUUGACUAAAAACAAAAUUAAAACUAAAAACUAAUCAAAUAAAAUUAACGUUUAGAAACAUAAAUAAUAAUAAUAAGAGAGAGCAAAACAAAAUUGUGAUUUUCGGCCUUUUAGAAACAAAAUUAUAAACACUUAAUAAUAACGAGUAUAAAAAUUACGAUAUAGAUUCGAACCAAAGCUUUCUCGAUAAUUUUAAUUGCAUUUCCAUAGCAGAAAGUAAUAAAAAAAAAAAAAAAAACAGGAGGGGAAGAAGCAGUUACUCAAGUCCUUGCCCAGGAUGCGCGGAAAGAGGAAGAAACAAGACAUUCCAAGAAGAAGAAUUAAAAUAAAUGGGUGGAAGGUGGAACCACGAAGGCGGAGUGGAACUAGUUCGCGACGGUCACGAGUUCGAGACAAACAUAAAAACUUUUUUUUUUAACUAUUUUUUUUUUUCGUCUUAAUAAUUAAUUAAAUGCACUGAAAGCCCCUCACACACACCAAACACACGCACACCCACACCCACACACACACACAAUGAUUCAUGCUCUGUGUCUCUUAUUAAUUUUUUUUUUUAAUAUAAACACCCACAUAAAUAUAUACAAAUCGAUAUAUAUUUAGUUCUAAAUGUUUAAGCGAAAUGUUAUUAUUAUUAUACCAAUUUAUAUGAAAUUUAUUUAGCUUUAGCAACAAAAACAAACAAAUUUAACUAAAACAAAAAAAAAACAACUAAAAAAACAAACGACAAAAAAACGUGGCAACAAAUUUAAAAAUAUAUAUACUUUUUUUUUCGUUUAUUUCUUUUGAUAAGUUCGAACUUCCUUCUGUUCUGUUCAGUAAUGUGUAUGUAUUAUACGAUUUUGUCAACCCAGAAGCCCAAACACAAUGAAUUUGUAAGCUAUAUGCGAAAAGAGAACACCCCCGCCCCAGCCCCAGCCCCAGCCCUACUUACUAAACAUAAAUUCAAAAUUGUCAAACACAAGCCAGCAGCGAGCAGCUCGAGUGGAAAACAACAAACAAACAACAAAAAAAACAAGAAAAACCGAAAUUAAAACAAAUAAAAAAAUCAAUGUUUGGCCUUUUUUAUUUCCAUUUUUUACCAUUAAACUCAUCCCGAAAAAAAGAUAUAUACUUUUCACAUAUCAUUCCAAGAUAAAAUUCAUUGUGUCCAGCCCCCCUUUCAUUUCUCAUUUAGUUUUUAAGCAAUUUUUAGAUUUUAAGUUUAGUGCUUAAGAGUUUUAUUAUCGCCUAAGUUGUGAUCAAAAGUUCCUUAGUUUGGUUCCCCCAUGAACGUUAAUUUGUUUCAAUUUAUUUUUAAUUAAUUACUUCGACAAGAACAAGAACAAGAACAAGAACAACAAGCCAUUCAGCAACCGAGCAGCAACACGAGAAAAUUCCAACAAGUUCCUUCACAGCGAAUUACAUAAUAAAUUAAACAAACUAACUAAUUAAAGACAAGCCUAUAGCGAAAUAUACAAAAUUGCCAAUCGAUCCCCAAAACACAAGUCCCCUUAAAAGUCACACAGUUUUUUAAUCAUUUUUUUUAUCAUUUUGUUUUAUUUCUGAUACGUUUUCUUUUGUGUUUUUUUUUUUUAAUCUAAGUCUUAAGUUGUUGCCAGUUUUUUUCGCGAGUGUAGCGACGAGAAGGAGAGAAAAAAGAACUUUUGGAUCAAAUCAAUGCUAAUACAAAUUUUUAGUCGAAAUUUACGAGGAAACACUUUUAGGCCUAAAUAGAAACAAAAGACUCGAAAUUCGUUAGCUUCGUUUCGUUUCCCAACAAAACAAAAAAAAUGAAAAUUUUAGUUUUGAACUUUUAGACUCAAGUUAAGGAUAAAUGCUAAAUGCUAAAUGCUAAAUGAUUAAAUUACAAAAUAUACAUUUAAUUGCACUUAAAAUCUCGUAUAGAAGAGCAGCAUAUACCAGCCUAGGAUCUAAAUAGAUAUUCAGCUUCGGUUCUACGAUUUCCGCUUUAGGUUCCAGAACGAAAAAAAAAAUGUGAAAAAAAAUAUGAAUCCCUUCGGGCACUGGGAGAAAAAUUAUUAAGGAAAAAAAUAUCAUUAGGCGUAACUGCAAAAAUGCAUUUUAAAGGAAACAGGAAUUUAAAAAUAUAUAUACAAGAACAAAAAACAGAAAUAAAACACAAGCAAGGAGGAAGCAAGGAGGAAAAUAAAAAAUAUUAAAUUAUAUAUAUACAAUGUAUUUGGGAAAAAAAGCGAAAAAAAAUAAGGAUAUUUAUAUAUGAACCUAUAACACACACACAUACACACACUGACACUACCCCCUACCCCCCCAUCCCCCACUCGCCCCUCGAUCGGGAGGCUAUAUCUUGGAUAUAUACUCCCCGGAUCGAGAGCUUCCCCGAACUUGUACAGCAAGCGCAGUAGAGAAGAGGAUCAGAUCAGGAGCAGUAGCAGGAUAUGUUAGGAGGACAAGUAAACAUUACGCUAGAAUUGCAUACAAGUCGAAUUUAUAUAAAUCUAUAUACUAGCAACAUUACAUACUCAACUUACUGUAAUAAAAAACAAAGCAAAAAAACAACUAAAAAAAGAAAGCAAUUAAUAAGUAUUUUAAAAAGCGUUUUUUAGUUCGUUUCCAAGACGAUUCCAAUCGAAAUUCAGAGAAAAACUUCAAGAGAUCAAGCUUUGGCACACAAAAUAACUAAACAAAAAAAACAAAAAAAAGGAAUCAUUAAAAAACAAAAUACAGUUAUUAAAAUCCAAAUUCCAAACCCAAAUUCCAGAGAAAAGAACUCAAAAUGAAAAUAAUACAAAAAUUGCAAGUUUCGGCAAAAUGAUGAAAAACGAAAAGUUCCGUUUCGGUUUUAAUUUUUCGGCAUAGACCUAUUUGUUUGCGAUUUGAGUUAUGAUUUUCGAUUACGUAACAAGAUUUCGUCUCAAGACACACACAUAGAAGACCUUUUCAUUUUAAUUUCUAGCAGAAAAAGUGCUCAGGGUAAACACAGAUUCUUCCAAUACAACAUAACUAACAAACAAACAAACAAACAAACAAACAAACAAGAGAAACGGCAGAAACAAGCAACAAACAAUAUUUAUAUAUGCAUAUAUCUCUCAAUAUACAUAUAUCUAGAUAUAUAUCUAUAUAUACCGAAUAUAUACAACAACAAUACAACUACAACUACAACAAGAAGCAAGAAGCAAGAACAAUAGUACCAAUAUUUAAACACAAAUCUAAUUUACAAAAAAGUGUUGAAAAAAAAGUGAAGAAAAUAAAAGAGAAGAGAAGAGAAAUAUUAGAAAUAUGGAAAACAUGGCUGCGGAGGAAAAUGCUUUACAUAAUGCAUUACGUAACAUAGAGAAUCUUUACAAUCGAUUUCUAAUUAGUCUAUUUUUAUUGUGAACAGCGUAUUUUUUUAAUUAACAAUUAACAAAUAACAAUUAACAAGUAACAGUAACUAUGAGACGUAAGACGUGGCGAGUAAUAGGACUUAACACAAUCAAACAAUAGUUGAAAUAUACCGAACUUGUUUGUGUGUUUUUUAAAACAGGACUCUGUAGCUUAGCCCCGAGGACCCCCCUCCCCCAAUAAUGCCUUUUUUUUCGUGUUCGAUUCGAUCGAUUUGCGCUGAAAAGUAUGCCACAAUUACUGACCUCGGUCCGGGCAAGAACUAGUUCCACACAAGCACACAAGCGACACAAAAUGAAAUAGAAAGCAUUUAACAAAACAGAAUACGACAAUAAACCGAAGCAGGAACCGAAUGAGGAACUAGUUCCGCCAAAAAACCCCAAUCACAAUCAGCCAACAACUAACUGUAAAUAGAAUAGAUCAGACACGAACCAAGUUCAAGGGAACUAGUUCCAGGCCCGAAACAAAAUAGAGGUUAUGGCAUACAUUCCGUGAAAUACGAUAUUACGAUGAUAUUAAUCGAUAUCGAAUCGAGUAAUCGAGACGAGACACACACUGACAACAAAAUGAGAGAAAGAGAAACCUACACACAUGUACCCUGUUGACGAAUUGCCUUCUUCUACAUUAAUUUUACAUAAUCACCUACAAUACAAAUAACUUAAGUGUACCCAAGACCGAUAGACCGAUAGACCGAUGACAAGCGAUAGCACCAAUUGUUAAAUAAAAAAAAGAAAGAAUAACAAAGAAAACAAUUGAUAUUUACAAGCCCCAGCAGCUCUCAUAAAUGUUUUCCACGUUUUUUACAGAGUGUGUUACCAAGAAUAAUAAUAAUAAAAACUAAUUACAAAAUACAAAAUACAAAAUAGAAAGCAAGCAAGAAAUAUAUAAGAAAAAUAUACACCAUAACAUAAUAUAAUAAUCCGAUCUGUAUCCGAGUUGUAGUCGAACGUGUAUGAGAUAUUGUUUGUUUGUUCCAUUUUUGUAUAAUUGUUCCGAUUUAGUAUGAUUUUGAACAUUAAAUAUAUGCCUUUUUCGGUUCGUUGAGCGAAACUUGUAAGCUGAGCAGGCGAGAGACAGUGAGACGCAAUAAACUAAACUGAAUUGGUUUCAUCGGCGUACUAAUCAACACAAAACACAAGACAUAAUCAUAAUCAGCAACAGAAACAGAAACAGCAACAGAAACAGAAGCAAUAUAGCAGCUCUAAUUAACCAAAAAAACAUAAUAAGUUUGAGUGCCAAGCUAACAAUUCGAGGACAUACUGUACAUAGAUAUAAAAAAAAAAUGAGUGAAAAGCGAACAGAAGCAGAAAAAGGUACAGCAAGUAUCUGUGAACUAGUUCAUCUUUUCUGAACACAAUUUUCCCAUCCAAAUUCCCAUUUUUCCCAACAGAGAUUGUGAUAAAAAAAAAAAGCAAAUUAUUUCUUCUCAAAAAGAUUCUCACUAAAAAGAACUAGUUCAUAACACAAGCCGACUCUAAAAAGCAAUUUUCCCUAAAAAGUUUUAAUGCAAAAAAAAAGAAAAGAAGAAAAAAAGACAAUUUCAAAUGGAAAUAAUGUACAUAGUUUUUAAAACUCCCAGGCGAGGAAUAUAGAACCAAUUUUUGAAGAUCAACUCCUCCCCCAUAAGCUUCCUCUCCCCAAAGAAAACCCCUCCACACACUCACACACACACACACACGUUUUUUGAUACGCUAAAGUCAAGUUAGAAGCAAAUACAAACAAAAUAUAUACAUUAUGAUAUCUACACUUGAAUAUGAAUAUAUAUAUUAUAUAGAAGGUAAAGGGAAAAACUAAUAGCAGGACAUUGGAAACCUAAAAAAGCUUCAAAAGUUGUAAACAAUUUUUUUCGGUAUUAAGGCUCAAGCACACCACACGACACGACACGACACACGCGACGACCUACACUGAGAGAAACUCACACAUAUACAGAGGAUAGAGAAGAAGCUGAACCACUGAGAGAAAAUACUUGUUGAUUGUAGAGCAGCUUAUUUUUUGUCAGAUCAGAUUCAGAUUCAGAUUCAGAGCUAGCUGAGGCUUACAAAGAGAUACAGAUACAGAUACAGAUACAGAUACACUGGAAAAAAGCUGAACAAUUUUUUCAAGAGAAGAGGAGGAGAAAAAAAAACAAAAAGAAAACGUCAGAAAGAUAAAGGAUGAAAAAGCAAAAAAAAUGAGAGAAAAACAACACUGUAGUGCCUACUCCCCUUAAAAAAAAAAAAAACAAAAAACAUAAAAAACAAAACAAAAAACAGAAUAAAAAAUAAAAUAAAAAACAAAAAAAAUAUAUAUAUAUACAAUACAUAUAUACAUUAUACAUACUAAAAUAAUAUUUUAUAAAAAUGCGAAAAGGACACAAAAAAAGCAAAAAAAAAAACAAAAAACAACAACACCAAGGAAGGAAGUCAAAACGGAAAUUGCGGUUUUUUUGAUAGUUAUUUUUUUAGGCGAGCAACGGGAGGCAUUGAGAUCUAUAUAUACAUUAUAUAAAAAGUAAAUAUUAGAACCACACACACACCACACACCCACACACUCAUACUUAAAGCAUGUAAAGAAAAAGAAAAUGAAGAAAAAUGAAAUUAGUUUGCAACUGAAAGGAAAGGCGGCAGAGAAAUACUAAAAAGGACAACUAUUAGAGGUCUCUGGCCACACCAUUUUAGCCACACACACACACUGACACACACACUCUGACACACUCACACAACCAAAUCGACAAGGUAGAAACAAAAACAAAGUAGUUUUGCAUAUCCCAAAAAAAAGAAAGGAAAGGACACUUACUCGAAAAAAAAAAACAACAAACAAUUUAUCAAAAAUGAAAAAAUGUAAACUAGUUUUUAGCAAACAGAAUAAUAACUAUUUUCACAGAAAGAGACACAAGAAAUGUAAGCAUACAUAUUUAAUGAAAAAAAAUUCUGACAAGAAAAAGGACAUGAACUUUUAACCUUCCCAGCCAGAUGAUAGCCAGGAUAAGCAAAGUAAUAUUAAUUUUUAUCGAGAGACAAACAAAUGGGUAGCAAAAUAAUAGUUUUAGUAACUGAGAGAAACGGUUGAGAAAUUCUUUAAGUUCCCUAUUGAGGCUCAUUCAUAAAUAAUUUUACAUAUUUUUUAUACAAUUAUUAAUUUGUUUUGUCUGCAAGGACGCGUUUUUUUUUUUGCUCCUAAGUUAUUGGAACCCAGAGGGGAGUCUUUCGAAGGAUAUGAGAGCAGUGGAAAAGACAUUCCGAGAAACAAUAUCAUUCCAUUCAUUGUCCUUCUUGCGGCCCCUUCUGGGCUUUCACCAAAAAAAAAGGAACUGCCUAACGAGAGGGUUAAUAAUCAGAUUAAGAGGCGGUUGAAAAAAUAAAUACAACAAGACACCAAGUUCAGAUCAAGAUCCAAUAAACAAAAAGCAUAAAAAACAAAAAGAGAUGAUGAACAAAUAGCUGCAAUACGUUAUGAUUACGUCAAUAUGUUCCUAACAAUAUAGACAUACAAGAUACAUAAAUAAUUUAUAUAAAUAUAUAUACUUAACUAACUGUAAAACACGCCACACUCCACACACACACACGCCACACACAUACUGAGAAAUGGAAAAGAAUUAUACAAUAAUUAAUUUAAAAAAAAAAAAAAAGCAGCAACUAACUGAAAUCUUUCUUAGUUGUAGCUUCAAAAGUAAGAGAGUACUCCCAUUAUCCGUAGACUAAGUUGAGCGAUUUGCGAUUAUUUAUUGAGCGCUACGACGGCCCUAGCAUACCAUUAGGCGCUGGACUGUCUGUACGCUCGAAUAGAACUAUAACAUAAACUGCAAUUUAAGUUCCAAUCGACACAGUUCACAGUUCAGUUUGCGAUCAUUUUUUUUAUUAUUAUUAUUAUCUUAUUAUCACUAUUAUGAUUAUUUUACUGAUUACGGUCGAGAUAAGAUUUUGGAAGCAACAGAAAGCGAAAUAAAAGUAAACAAAACCAUCUCACGCAUCUACAUUACUUUUCAAAACCCAUCCCAUCCCUCAUACAGCGCGGAACUGGAACUGGAACUGGAACUGGUUCUGGAGCCUGGAGCCAGUUCGCUCACAACUGUACUUUGUACUUAAUAUGCAAGAGAGAGAGCUUGAUAUAUGAUAUAUGAUAUAUAUCUCCGGAAAAAGCCCAAAACAAAAAAACACAAUUAAAAAAAAAAAAGAAAAAGAAAACAAUUAUUACUAAAAGCGGAAGGUUAAAAUUAUACGCUAACUAUAUAUAUUUUUUUUCGUAGUACGAGCCCAAAAGCACUGACGAGAGGAGGUCGGUCGACUCUUUUUUGGGUUGGUCCGAUCCACUGCUGAAUAAUGAACCAUUUCGGGAAUAAACCGCUUAUCAGGCACCAAAAUAUGUAAAAUCUAAAACCUACACACAAAUAGAGAGCAAUCAGUAAAGUAUUUUAGAACUCUUGAGCAAAACUCAGCCCGAAACAUAUUUUAGGAAAUCCAAAAAAUAAAAAAAGAGACAAAUUCCGACUCCCAGAAUUAAACACUCGGCCCAAGAACAAGAAAUUUAUAUGAAAAUAACGAUGGGAAAAAUAUUUAAGCAAAGCAAGGCAUAUCAUAGUUUAUAACAAAGCAAAAAAAACAAAAAAAAAAAAAAAUGCAAAAAAAAAAAUAAUAAGCAAGAAAAGCAAAUAAAAUAAAAAAUACUGUCUGAAAAAAAUAUACUGUCUGGCCUCCAAUAGAAGGAUAUUUGAUUUGUAAUUCAAAAGAAACCCCAAAUAAGAAGAGAAUGAGAAGAAAGAAGAAAGAAGAGGAGGAGACCUAUAGGAUCAGCUGAGGAUCAGUCAUAUAUAGCUAGCUAUAUAGUCUAUGCCUAAUAACAUUUCUAGUAGUCGAGCGAAAAAAAAAAAAACUUCAAGAACUUGUUCACACACACACACACACACAGAAUGGCCACACUCAUACACCAAUACUCCACACACACAUACACACACACACAGACACAAACACAGACACAGAGACACAAACAAGAAGAGUAAAGAAUGAAACAAAAAGAAUGAUAGAAGUAGCUGCAAAAGCUGAAAAACGGAAAACAAAAGUGAAGAAAAGAAAAUGAAAUAAAAUUCUAUAUAAAUAAAAAUAUUGAAAAAGAAAAAAAAAAAA